AGUUGGGGCUCUGUAUAAAUCGCAAAAUCCGCCCUGAAUGACCAGGAAUUGUCUUAUGCAAGAAACAUCAGUGAGGUCAAAGUUUGCAAGCGUACGCUCACGUAUUUAUUUUGGCAAGAGCAAUUUUGGGAGUUGUCGCAGCAUCUUGCCAACAACAAGACUGACAAGAGAAAGACAACACCGGAGUGAGUUUGAUAUGGGAGGGGAUUCCUUCUCAGGAAUGAUGGCAGCCUGGCAUGAUGAUAAUUUGGAGGUUGUUGCAGCAUUUUGUUUGUGUUGGCGUAACGUCUUAGUAACUGAACUGAACUUAGUAUCGUCCGUAUAACGUAAGCUAUUUUCCACGUGCAAAUCUUGUGACACCAGGUCAUUGCUCCCCUGCCGAAAGACAUGCGACCAGUUGUACAACUCAGGUAAAACAGAACGUUUUGAGCCAUGCGUUCAAAUGCGUUCCACUUGGUUGUAGCAUUAGGGAUACACCUGUGUGAACAAAAACCACUCAGGUUUCUACUCAGGCAUGCAUGAAGUUGAAUUGGAGUGCCUCAGCUGCAGCACGAAGAAACGGGUUUCAAACCUAAAACUACUGCAUUAUGUCCUACCGCGCCGCUGUUAUCUUAUCCUCCGCUGUGGCUGCUGUUACAAUACCUGGCUACAUCAACUAUCGAAAGAAGAGAUCACUGAAGUCCAGACGUCAGCGUGUGAUCGUGUUCACCCGGUACCCUUCACCAGGAACUACCAAAUCUAGACUCAAACCAGCGCUUGGAGAACAGGGUGCAGCACUGGCACAGCUUUACAUGACAAAUGCCAUUCUACAUGAAGCGGGUAAAUUUCAACAGAGGGACCCAGAGAGUCUUUCAGUAGAAGUGCGCUACCAUGGAGGUACUGAGGACGACAUGAGGUACUGGCUGGAGAGAAGGGCGGACAUCAGCUGUUGGUGGAGGGUGCAGGACGGAGAGGACCUGGGACACAAAAUGGCCAACGCUUUUCAGGAUGCUUUUAAAGAGGGUACAGAAAAUGUGGUGUUGGUAGGGAGUGACAUUCCUGCCAUCACUGCAGACAUUUUGGAGGAGGCUCUUCAGAUUCUGCAGUCGACUCAGGAAGAAGAUGUCUGUGUUCUAGGGCCUGCUAUAGAUGGUGGUUACUAUCUAGUCGGUCUGAACAGACAAACAGACAGCAGUGUUAUAGGUCAGCUGUUCCAGGGGAUGAGGUGGGGGACAGAUCAGGUGCUCCAACAGCAGCUGCAGGUGGGGGAACAGCUGGGAGUCAGGUGCCACCUGCUGUCUCAAAAGUUACAGGAUGUGGACACAUCAGAUGACCUUGGUGAGUUUGAGCGGAUGACAGGCGUCCCUCGGCAGGAACUGUGCAGCCCAAAGUGGAGUGUCAUCAUACCUGUACUGAAUGAGGCAGAGAACAUCAAAGCUACGAUAGAAAAUACACUAGAGAACUUCUCACCCCAGCACCAUGUAGAAGUGGUGGUGAGUGACGGAGGCAGCACAGAUGGUACUCAAGACAUUGUCCGACACAUGGCUAAGUCGUAUCCUCGGGGAACAGUCAAGCUUGUAUCCAGUCAUAAUGGUAGAGGAGUACAAUUGAACACCGGUACCCAGCAUGCAACAGGAGACUACCUCCUCUUUCUGCAUGCUGACACACAGUUGCCGUUGUCAUGGCAACAGGAUGCGUACAGAACACUCUGCAGGCCAGGGGUGGUGGUGGGAGCCUUUCGUUUUGGACUCGAUGUGGUGGAAGAUUCAAAUCAUUCAAGAUCAGAUUCCUGGUGGUUUAGGACACAAAUGAGACUUGUACAAUGGGGGACCAACAUAAGAGCUUCAUUCUUUGAACUGCCAUAUGGAGACCAGGCACUGUUUAUGACCAGGAGACAGUUCCAGGCGGUGGGAGGCUUCCCAGAGUUCCCUCUGCUGGAGGAUGUGGAGAUGGUGCAGCAGUUAAAGCAGCACGGCCACGUGGCCAUCGUAGACGGGAGGGGGGUGGUAACCUCCGCUCGCAGGUGGAGGAAACAUGGCUACCUCAAGGUGACAUCGAUGAACACGUUCAUACUGCUGGCGUACAAGAUGGGGGUUCAUCCCGACACGUUAGCGGAGUGGUACUAUGGCAAGAAAGUGCCAGACAAAGAUUGAAGUGUACUCACACAUAUAUGGAGAUCCGACCCAGGGAAGGGCUGGGACCGAGGGUGAUGCAGAAUACACUGUGUUGCAAAUUGGUGCCCUCAAACAAAAAUUCUUACAGCAGCAAUUCCAACGUCAGAAUCAGGUAUUUGACUUUUCAAUCACGUCGCACUCGACGAGUGCAGAGUAUGAUCAAUUUAUUCAAUGGAAGCCUGUGUGAUAAAAAUUUGAAACCUGUGUGAUACAGCUUUUUAUCACUAGGUCCAGAACACUCGUAUCAAACGUUAUCAUGACCCAGGUAUGACAUAAUUUGUAAAUAUAGAAUACAACAUUUUAGGAUAGAAGGAUGGCCAGUUUUCUUGCCUUCUGUUUUAUGGUCCAAAAGAAUAUCUCGAGCCAAUAUUAUUCUUUUUUUUUAAUAACAAUGCAAAUAUCAGGCCUGAAUCAGCUUGUGGUUUGAAGAAAACGGCAAGCUUGCAAAUGUUUUAAUUGUAACAAAGUUUUGUAUAAUGUUAGUGAAAUCACUACCUCAGGGGUGACCUACUUGCAAGGUAUAGUGGAUGAUCUGUGUUAGUUAAAGAAUAACGGCAAUAAAUCUUAACAACUUUUUGAAAUGCAACUUUUAAGAAUAUUGAAUAAUGAAAUGUUACAAAAAGUAUAAAUUAAAACUUCAGGGAAUAGAUGAUAAAAAAUUUAACAGUACUGUCAUUUGACAGUGUACCUGUAAUGAAUACCUCAACUGUCCAUUCUUUCCCUCUUUCUCUUCUAAUCCUUAACUUUUAAAAAGGUUAAUAAUUGUAGAUUUAGUCAUUAGGGAUCACUCACUGGCCAUAUAGGCAGCAUAUUUUAUAACUUGGAGAGAAAAGUUUUUGCUAUAGAUAAGAGAAGCAAAUUGGGAAGAAUUGUCAUUUUACAAAUUUUACUCAAGGUUAUUUGCAGUGUUUCUAAUAUUUAACAAUGCAUUCUAAUGAUGUGUGUGCUAGUAUGUCAGAAUCUGUGAUGUGUUGAAGAAACAGACCUCAUUCAUUCAUCAAAGCUUUUUACCCAGGGUAUACUAUUAGGUGCUAAGAUCUAUUUUGUAUUGAAACCAGUAUUUUGAUCUACCUCUUUACACAAUUGCGAGAUAUGGCCUUUGCCAGACUUGAUAGAGAUCGAAGAAAAUUAAUACAUUUGUGAUGUUGGUCUUUUACAAAGAAUAAAGAUUUUUCUGAAAGUC